GCUUUAUAGCGAUCAAAAGCAUGUGCUUUACGACCUUAAUUGUUGCUUUUUUAGCAGACUGCCUGAUUACUUUUAAAGUUCGUAAGGAAUUUUAGUGUAAACGUUAAUUGACUCACAAAAGUCGGUAAAAUUUUUAUGGAACAAAACAUGAAUAUACAGAAGAAUAUAUAACCCUCGGGAGGUUUAAUUUUAAUGAAAAUAUGUAUAGAUCUGGUAAAAAUCUCUCUGAAUAGGUUAACAAUUAGACGAGCUUUAAACUUAAUGAAUAUGUACGUACUGUGUAGAGCUGUUAAAAAUCUUCAUGAAAAGGUGUGAUUUUUGCGUUUUAAGAGUUCUUAGUCAAUUGUAUGUAGUAUCGAGGAUGAUCGAAUGAAUACCGACUUCCCUGUUCACAGAAAACAAGGAUGACUGAUUAAAUUUCACGGCGGCUCGUCUUUUGGGAUAACUGAAGGGCGUCUAUAGCAAAUUAGAUGCAAUCCACAUAAACCAAACAGGAUUCUUUGGCAAGGCACUUACUUUCAUUUGAUUCAUUGCAGUCUCUCUGAACGUUGUUUUAAGCUUGCCUGGUGUAAAACACGACUGUAGGGAAUUGAACUCAAUCCAGGCUGAGGGUUCCUAAACUAGAUUCAGAAUUGGAUUUUUUGUUAUUAAAGGAAUGGGUUGCGCAUCAUCUAAAAAGGUUUUGAGAACAAGGAGCUUCCAACAGAAUUUGCAGCGACCAUUUCCUCGAGUUGCAGCAAUACCUAUAAUAGAAGAUUUCCUCUUCGCAAACAACCAUGAACAGUUUGUGGCUAUGAUCUGCAAGAAAAACAAUUUUACUAUGCAAAUUUCUAGUGCAGCAACACAAGAGACUUCACCCUCUUUCAUCAGCAAGGAUAAUGAAGGAAAAGGAACUGUAAGAGAAAACCCUGAAAUGGUAACGUCAGUUUUGCAAUCAGGGAGUUUCCCAAGAGAGGAAGAAUCAGAAAAGCACAAACCCCAGGAGGAAGAAUCAGAAGAAUGCAAACCCACUGAGGAAGAAUCAGAAAAGCUCAAACCCAAGGAGGAAAAGUCAAAAGAAUGCAAAGCCACUGACGAAGAAUCAGAAGAAUGCAAUGUUACAGAGGAAGAAUCAGAAGAAUGCAAAUUUACAGAGGAGAACAAGCCAGAGGUUAUUAAAACAUGGGAGCUCAUGGAAGGUCUGGAAGAUGGAGAAACUGAUCAUACUUCUGAGAAAUUCGUUGACAAUGGGGACAAGACAAGAGUUACAAGGACAGGCAGAAGAUCAAAAUCUAUGGAAAAUUUUCAUACGCUGGAGGAAUAUGAUAUGAUUCUUGCUGGAAGCAAGACUUCCUUAUGGGAUAGGAACUCCAAAAGGUACCUAUAUUAUUUAGGUUCCAAGGCCUUAGAAAAUGUUACGGAAUUCACUUUGAGAUCAGUAAUUAGGACUGACUCACUUCCACCAAAACCAAGCAACACAACCCCCAUUUUGAUUGACUGGAAAGAGGAAUCAAAGGAUAAUCAUAUAUGUGCUUUGGAAUCGUCUGUUCUCCAAGCUGCUUCUGAACUGAGAGAUACAGGAAAUGAAAUCAUCAGCCAAGAAAACAGUAGUAUUACAGAGGUAGUUCCAGAAAACAUUAGUAGACAGGAAAAUAAUCACUUUGUUGAGGCAACUGGAAGAAAUAUUUAUUCGGCAGAUAUAAAUUUAGAAAUAGAUCAUUCUACAAAGAAAAAUUCAAGCAAGAGAAGUUUGCAUGAAAGAGUUAAACUUAAUGAUAUUGGGGGCAUUAGUAUCACAUCUACUCCUAAUUUUCCUGCAGUAGGAAGCUUAAGAGACUGGCUGAAUAGUGGGGGGCAUCUUUACUCUCCAGGGGUAACCACUACUAGUUUUGGCAAUUAUAUCCAUGGAGAUCAAUGGUCAUCUACCAACACUACUGGAAACUCUGAGCAGUUUCGGAUUGGUGAAGUUGAAAGUGAGAUGCAUUCUUUCUCUGCUCUUGAAAUGGAUAAAAAAGCAACAAUUAUUAGAGACUCGAGUGUUUCUUCUUGUUCUAGUUCUUCAGUUUCUGCUAUUGAGAAGGAAAAUCGGGACACUCCUCUAUUUGACCCGGAACUCUUAGCCUCAUUUGAGAAGGCACUUGAGCAGCUAUCCAAUGAGGAAAAAUGUGUGCUGAGACUAAUAGAUGACAGCUCACAUUUUCUGAGUGAGGAUUGCCAUCCAGAAGACAGUGAAAAUGGUCUACAUGAUAGCAGCAGAAUGGAGGACAUCUCCAUAUAGAGUAUCUGCCCUUCCAAACAAGAAGAAUUUUCAGUUCAGAUUCAAAGAAAGUUUGAGAAUCCCCCCAAAAAAUUUGACAGCAUCUUGAUAGUCAUCUGAACUCUGAACAUUUUGUAAGUUUUCUGUAGCAAGAGCUUGUUAUAUAACAAAGAAGACGGCUCAAUACAAAAUGUAAAACAAGGUGGAACCUGUUCCAUUGUAAGCAAACUGAUCAGGCAAACUUUUAUGAAGAAUGUAUUUUUAUUCUGAAGGAUUGAUUGCUCUGUUCACCAUGUACAAUCAAAAUGCCUGCUAUGGACUGCGAUUAAACUUAUUGUAUGCCCGAUAUUGCAAAUAUCAUUAGGUUAGAAUCCCCCAUAAGGCCAUUGGGUUUUGGAGCUCCAAAAGACCUAUCAUGCUUAUUUGAGUCCCACACCUUUUUUAUCAAAUUUGGUUCAAUUAUCUUUACAUCUGAUGUGCCUAAUCAAGAUUGUUGUUGUAUCAAUUUCACAAGAUAUGCUCAUUUGAUAUUGUCUCUCAGGAUGUUUUGGCAUAGUUAAGUGGUGGUUGUUAUUUUACACCAUCUCUUAGGUGACAUUUUAUUCAAUGUGCACUGUUUAUGGACCAUCAACGUCAA